GUUCCCUUGAAACAAAAUUAUUAGGCAGCAUUUGUGUUCCGUCUGCUAUUAAUGAUUCAUCUACACUGAAUGUAGGGUCGAGGACUUGUGUGCUAGUUCCCGUGUUGAUGGCCUGAACCGUGAAUCAUAGAGGUUAUGGAGUGAUGGUUUUGUGUGAUUGAUAUGACCUCUUCAGACCCUUCUGACGGAACUGUUUUAUUCCCAUGCUUCAUAAAGAUGGAGGUGCAUUAGCAUGAUGGCAGACAAUAGCCGUCGUUCCAGGUGCAGUAAGUGCAUGUGUGUUGUUCCGGUGGACAUGUGAUCGUGGCAUCACGUCGCCAGCCUCAUUAUUUCAUCGUCCUGCGCUGUUACCAAGCUGGAAUCACGAGGGAUUUUCUACAGCACUGUCAUAACAACACCAUGUUGUCUUGAAACUGCACUGAAGCCGAUUCAGCCUGCUUUGUUGCCUCAUCCAUGUUCCGCAGAUGCCUUACGCUACCUAACGUUCAUGUGCCUAACUCAAUAACUCCAAGUGCUUUAACAUCAACUGAAGCCAGAGUUGAUCUUUUUGGAUACCAUGGAUGAAGAACAUGGCGUUUUUUCAGCUGAAGUAGAAAUUGGGAUUUCCUUAAACGAUGGAGAGGUCAGCCCGACCUAAUUAGAUUUUUACUGAGCCACUUUGAAAGUAUUGAUUGUAUUGUCAUCAAGAUCGCAAGAUGAGUAAGAGACAUUGUGGACCUGUUUGCCUGGACCUCCACCAGCAGAUAGAGGAGCUGCAGUGUCAGCUGAUCAGGAGCAACUCACACAUCUCUCUCAUAGAGCAUGAGCUGAUUGAUAGUAAGCAGCUCGCGGAAUAUGAAGUGCUGAAACUGCGGGAGGAGUUUGCUCGACUCAGGGACAGAUAUGACAGGCUGCUGGAGAGUCACAAGAGGAUGCAGAAGGUCAACCACGACCUGGAGGACAAGUUACUUAAAGUGGUUAACAAAUUUGAGGGAGAGAAGGUGUCCCUGCAGCGGGAGGUCGCAGCCUUGACCUCUAAACUUGUUGAUGGCAAGGUCACUAUAUGUGAAUUAGAGGAGGAAAAUGAACGGUACCGCAAUGACUGUAAUCUGGCAGUGCAGCUGCUUCACUGUAGACCUUCCAACUUUGUCGCACAUAAACUUAAUUCGCUUCCAAUGGACUUACAAGACCGGGUGAAGAAACACAUGACCCGAGAACAGAUUCUGAACAUGGAGAACAGCGUGAAGGAGUCCAAGUUGAUCCGAGUGCCGAUGCAGACAUUCCCCCCAUGUGCCAUGGUCUACUCCGUCAACAACACCGACGCUGAAACCAACAUGGGGAACGUGUCCCCCACAGAAACAGUGCCAAUGUCCCUCAUAGCCAAAGUGCUAACCCAGCCCGAGCCCAGGCGGAAGCCUCAGAGAACUUACAUCUGUCUGAAGUGCAAGCGAGACGUUGUGUUGAUAGACAAACAGGUCCAGGCCACGGGCCUGCGUGACCUUGAACGGAACAGUUUGCCGAUGAGGGUGCAUCGGACAGGAAGUACAAGUAGCAAUGGUAGUGGCAGACCCAGACACAAUUCUACGGAGACAGAGAUCUGAUACGAACUGUUCUGUCACUAUGUGAUAUGCCUUCAUGAUGAAGUCACCUGUAGUCUGACUUCAUGUGUGGUUGAGUGUUUUAUACUAAGCAUAAUUGCAGUGCUAUUCAAGCUGUUCUUAAUGAUGCUGAAGGAUAUUUAGAAUCCACAAGGAUUCUGACUAGAAUAGGUUCAGGUUUGCACAUCAUUGAAAAUGGUUUUGCCAUCUAAAUCUUCACAAUUUAUGCCUUGUUUAUGAGAGUAAGGCGACUUCAUAUGCAGCAUUUUGUGAGAUCUUAAUGAUCAAAGGGCAGGCACAACUGCAACAUGUACAUCUGUACAAAUAUAUUUAUUAACAAAUGUAAAUAUUUUCUACCACAUUUUUUCUCUAACAUGGUUAGUAACUAUUUAUAAGUUGGUGCAGCAGAGUGUCUUGUUUCUCAUAAAGUUUAUUGUUGUCAUAAACUGAGUUUAGGAUUUGCACAUAUUGAUCAUGAACAUUUUCAUAUCUGAAAGUUUUAAUUUAAUGGAAUGUAAUUGGCACCAUAUUACCAAAUUGUCAUGGUUUUUUUUCCAGUGUCAUGUUUGUUUCCAGUUGACUUACCUUCUUAACUGAAAUUCUAAAAAAAAAAAUAAUGAUUUUGUAUUUAGAUUUAUUUUUCAGAAAAACAGCUAGAAAUUUAAGAGGUUUUCAUAUAUGACAAGACUUUCAUUAUGUGCAUACUACUGUAUAUGACCGUAGAUAAGCUAAUCCUAACUUGACCCUUAAAAUCAGUAUCAAAUGGUAUAUCACGCACAUAAGCUGAACCACCAACUUUCGUUCAAUGAGACAGCAAAUUUAAUGCCUGGAUAUUUAAGACAGUCUUUUUCCAAUAUAAUGAUUCAUAAUCUAGUUACUGUGAUAGUAUAGGAAACAUGAUUGUGUUAUUUAUUGCAGUGUUGUAUAUAAUCUAACCAAUCACGGGUGAUGCCUUUGAUUGGCAGCAUUUGUGACCCCAGUUUGCUCAUAUUUGCUACCUCCAAACAACAGCCUUGGAGAGACAUGGGAAUAGUUCCAUGAAUAUGUGUAUAUUGGUAACCCAGUCAUCCUCGAUAAUCUCCAGGGUAUACGUUACGAUCACUCUCCACUCACUAUACCCUUGAUGCAUCCACGGCUUGGCCCGAUAAUUAUAUUACCUCCCUUU